AUGGCAGACGCUACCGUUCCGAGCCUACGGGAGAGCCUCUGCUCUGAAGCCACCCCGCUACCAGUCCGGUUCCGAGCCCUCUUCUCGCUCAAGCACGUUGCGCGAACUGGAGAGCCUGCCGCUGCUGUGGCCGCCAUCGAGGCCAUCGCAGCUGCGUUUGCGUCGCCGUCGGCCCUACUGAAGCACGAGCUGGCUUACUGCCUCGGACAGACCGCCAACGAUGCGGCGAUUCAGCCGUUGCGAGAUGUGCUCUCAGAUCUGAAGGAGGACCCCAUGUGCAGACAUGAAGCCGCUGAGGCUCUGGGCGCGCUUGGUAAACCCGAUAAUUUGGAGCUGCUGAAAUACUUCCGCGAUCGCGAGGGCGAAGACGUUGUCAUCACUGAGACUUGCGAGAUCGCCAUCGAUCGGAUAGAGUGGGAGAAUUCAGAGACGCGCAAGCAAGAAAAAUUACGACAGAGUGAUUUUGCCUCGAUUGAUCCCGCGCCGCCCCUGCCUGAAUCGGAAAAGAAUGUCGAACAGCUGGGCAAGCAACUUAUGGAUACUACACAGCCUCUCUUUAUGCGCUACCGCGCCAUGUUUGCCCUGCGCGACCUGGCCUCACCGCCCGACUGUGCGACCGCCGUCCCUGCCGUGCUUGCCUUGGCAAAAGGAUUUGCCGACUCUUCUGCGUUGUUCCGCCACGAAAUUGCUUUCGUCUUUGGACAGUUGUCGCACCCCGCUUCUAUUCCUGCUCUUACGGCUGCUUUGAGCAACUCCGAGGAGGCUAGUAUGGUUCGUCAUGAAGCUGCCGAGGCGCUUGGAAGUCUCGGGGAGGAAGAGGGCGUCGAGGAGACGCUGAAGCGAUUCCUUCACGAUAAAGAGAAGGUCGUCCGAGAAAGCGUGAUCGUUGCAUUGGAUAUGGCAGAGUAUGAGCAAAGUGGUAACGCUGAAUAUGCUCUAAUACCGGAAGCAGCAAGUGCUUCUGCAUAA